AUGAUUCAAGAUCUCCCUGCUGAGGUGAUCCACCAGAUCGUUGGCCACUUGCCUACAGCGUCAUCCAUCAUCAACCUCUCGCUCGCAAACCAAAAGACCCAUUCCAUUAUCUCAGAAGAUGACUAUGGUGUUUUUCGGACAUUUGUGCAAAGAGCCUUUCCAACAAUCAACUCACCACCAUAUUGGAAAGAUGUGGCGCGCACGUUGACAUCACGAUCGCGGGCAUGGGAUCGCCGCGCCUUCAUCGCCAGGGAAUGCUGCCCGCCAACUGAUGACAGCGACUACCUGCACCCAUCGCCCCACGGUUAUCCAAUAGGCUAUCGUCCAGCUAUUGACAGCUAUGAGACCUGGCGCGGAGGAUCGUGGGAAGAUCGGAAAAAAGUGCUGGCAUGGGGAGCAGCAGGAAGACUACGACUUCGAACGACUCAGAACGGCGUGACGAGUUGGAGCUCAUUCAAAGUUCCAGAAGACCACAGACCCCAAACGGACAUUCUAGAUGUCAGGCUUUUACGACCCCAUCAGAACCAAAACGCAAGCGGCGAGACAAUUCUCUUUCAGAGAACUCACAGUGAAGUCAUCAGUAUCGAGACAUCCACCAAACCCGAUAUCUUUACGCUAAAAUCUCGCUAUACCAAUCUCCCUUCUGAAUUUUCCUGCCUAGAUGUCAGUCAGAAUGCUGAGCCUGUCCUCGCAGCUUGUGGAGACCACUGCGUCCACCUCUAUCCAGUGCAUAGUCCAUCUCCAACUGUGCUGCCUUCUAGCUCCACCAAGGUGGAAAAGAUGCACAACUACCGCUCACGCAUGCGGUGUGUCAAGUUUUUAUCUGGAAACACGAUCGCAAUAGCACACCAAUUUCUUGAGGGUCGGGAGCGCGCCCCGAUCGACAUCUACGACAUCAACCCGACUGGCCUCUCCUCAACACCCAUCGCACAAUCUCUAUCCUCCUAUGAGUCCAGCCAGCCAUGGACGAGCCGCCACAGUGCCAACACCAUUUCCCGGCUAGAUGACGUGGGAGUCGGCGGAAGCUCCUCUCGACAGUUAUUCCUGUCCGGCUGGACCGAUGGGGUUGCUCGCCUCUAUGACAUUAGAGCCCCUCGGAGAUCAGUGGCCGAGUACGUUGACCCUGUGGAUGACGGCCAAAUACUUUCUCUUCUCCCAAUCGGUCACGAGCGUUUCCUGGCCGGCAGCCAUCAGAACGGGUGCCUGAAGUCCUUUGAUUUCCGCAUGCCGGGAGCUAGGACAUACUCGUACUUGGAUGCACGCCCACCAGAGACCGUCAAGCGGCGGACGCCGCAGAGAGAUAUCAACAUCUUUCUCACCCCCAUAGUGAACAUGGAUCAAAGACUCUGGGAACCACUCCCACGACAUCCACGCAGACGUUCUCAGCGCUACCGCGGCUCCGUUUAUUCUCUGUCAAGCCCAUCACCGAGCUCGCCCACGAUCUACGCCGGAAUCGAGAGCCACGUGCUACAACUUGACUUUAUUGCCACUGACGACUUCCGCAAUGGUCACAGUCGAGGCAUCAGCGGUUCGAAUAUCGAUAUCCUCCAGGACGACAAGAACGAGGCCGUUCAGGAUCAGGUAUUCAACUUCUCCUGCUACGAGAGACCUCGCGAGGGAAAGGAAAGCACAGAUCCCGUGCUAUUGAGGAAGCAGGCGGACUUGAUGGACGAAGUGGCGGGUGGUGAGAUCGACAGCCACGGGCGCAGAGAAGACCGAUGGGACGGACGUUGGCGGUUGAACACGUCUGGCAAAGAUCGUGGAUUCGAUCCCGGUCGGCGUUCCACGUGGCGAACAUUGAGUCGGCAUGGUCGUUAG